GCAGAUCCGCCUCUUUCAUUGAUGAAAUUUAAAUCCGAGGGGUUUUACCUUUAACUCGGGUCUCCAGCUGGCUCUCCUUAGGACCGGAGCGCUCUGUCAGCCCGCACGGGGAAGAGCGGACUCCAUCCCCAAGACUCGUCUUUUUUUUUUUUUUUGGAAGUGGAAAAGGAGUAAUUCCUCCGGUGUACUUUCUUUCUUUCUUUCUUUUCUUUUUUCUUUUUUUUUAAGAGCUACUUUUUAUUGCUCUGAAUUAAUAUCCCUUCAAGUUGUCAACUGUGGGUGGAAGGAACACGUCGAGUUAAGCAGGAGAGGAAGAAAAACCUGCUCUAGAGUGUGACUUGUUGAAAAAAAUUUAUACAUAUAUAAUUACAUUUAUACUACAGAGUAUUUAUUUUAUUAAACCCCCAAAAUGUCGAUUUUUGUACAAGAUCUUAGCAAAGCAAUGUCUCAAGGUGGUACUUCCCAGUUCCAAGAAGUCAUCCGACAAGAGCUGGAAUUAUCAGUGAAGAAGGAACUUGAGAAAAUACUUUCAACUGCACCACAAAAUGAAUCUGAGCACACUAAAAAAGACCUUGAAGGAUUUCGGAAGUUAUUCCAUAGAUUUUUACAAGAAAAGGGACCUUCUGUGGAUUGGGGGAAAAUCCAGAGGCCUCCAGAGGAUUCGAUUCAGCCUUAUGAGAAGAUAAAGGCCAGAGGCUUACCUGAUAAUAUAUCAUCUGUCUUGAAUAAGUUGGUGGUGGUAAAACUCAAUGGUGGUUUAGGAACUAGCAUGGGCUGUAAAGGCCCCAAAAGUCUGAUUGGUGUGCGGAAUGAAAAUACCUUUUUGGAUCUGACAGUUCAGCAAAUUGAGCACUUGAACAAAACAUACAACACAGAUGUUCCUCUUGUUUUGAUGAACUCUUUUAACACUGAUGAAGAUACAAAAAAAAUACUUCAGAAGUACAGUCAUUGCCGUGUGAAAAUCUACACUUUUAAUCAAAGCAGGUACCCUAGAAUUAAUAAAGAAUCUUUACUGCCCGUAGCAAAGGAUGUGUCUUACUCAGGGGAAAAUACAGAAGCUUGGUAUCCUCCAGGUCAUGGUGACAUCUACGCUAGUUUCUACAAUUCUGGUUUGCUUGAUACUCUUAUAGGAGAGGGAAAGGAGUACAUUUUUGUGUCCAACAUAGAUAAUUUGGGUGCCACAGUGGAUCUCUAUAUUCUUAACCAUCUUAUGAAUCCACCCAAUGGAAAACGUUGCGAAUUUGUCAUGGAAGUCACAAACAAGACAAGGGCAGAUGUAAAGGGUGGUACCCUCACACAAUAUGAAGGCAAACUGAGGUUGGUAGAAAUUGCUCAAGUGCCAAAAGCCCAUGUUGAUGAAUUCAAGUCUGUAUCAAAAUUCAAAAUAUUUAACACCAACAACCUGUGGAUCUCUCUAGCAGCAGUCAAGAGACUGCAGGAGCAAAAUGCCAUUGAUAUGGAAAUCAUUGUCAAUCCAAAGACCUUGGAUGGAGGCCUAAAUGUUAUUCAGUUGGAGACUGCAGUUGGAGCUGCUAUUAAAAGUUUUGAGAAUUCUCUUGGCAUUAAUGUUCCCCGAAGCCGUUUUCUGCCUGUUAAAACUACGUCUGAUCUUCUACUUGUGAUGUCAAAUCUCUAUAGCCUUAAUGCAGGAUCCUUAACCAUGAGUGAAAAGCGAGAAUUUCCUACUGUGCCCUUGGUAAAAUUAGGAAGCUCUUUUACAAAGGUCCAGGAUUACCUAAGGAGGUUUGAAAGUAUACCAGAUAUGCUUGAACUGGAUCAUCUCACGGUGUCUGGAGAUGUGACAUUUGGCAAGAAUGUCUCAUUAAAGGGAACGGUAAUCAUCAUUGCAAACCAUGGUGACAGAAUUGAUAUCCCUCCUGGAGCUGUGUUAGAGAAUAAAAUUGUAUCUGGUAACCUUCGGAUCUUGGACCACUGAAGAAAAAAAUGCUCUAUAUACUUUAUUGAUUAUGAGCUAAAUUGUUUUUCAAAAAUGGAAUGUUCAAUAAGGUUUGGAAAUAGAGGCAGGUGCUUUUACCCACUAUUUCACUGUACCCUGAAGUAUUAAUUUUUAAAGUAGAGUUUUCUGCAGUAUGCUCUUAUUUAAAAGCACAGAUGGACAUUUGAAAGCAAUACUACUCCUCCUUUGAAGAAAUCUGUAUGUCAUUAACUUUAAGUGCAAUAUUGCUGCUCUUAAUGAGGGAAUGGCUCUGCUGGAAGAUCUUUUUAACAGAGGCCUGCCUGGCUGCGGUCAUUUUGAACUGCUUGUAAUUUAAAAAUAAAGCUGUGAAGCAAUA